CUCCGCCACUUGGACAUUUCGCUUCGGCUUUUCGCCUCCUCGAUCACGUGAUCAUCUCCUCUGCUCUGUUCCCCCGCCCGGCCACAGCGCCCUACACUACAGCAGUACGGCUAGGCGGCGGCUCGCCUCCCCCAACGCCGCCGCGGACGCAAGGUUGGUGGUGGUGCCGGCGGCGUCGGUCAGCAGCGGCCAUCCAUGGACUCCGGCGAUGCACCUGAACGGAUUCGCAAGGAAACGGGUUCCCGGAGCAGAGACGGCCUGCCUCAGCGUCACGCGACUGGAGCAGGUCCAGAUGACAAUCACCACGGGGGAGACCGCGUCCUCGCCAAGCGCCUCAAGGAUGAAUCGGCCGACGCAUCGGAGCCGCCGCCGUCACGGCUGAAGCUGGAGCCUCAUCCCGUUCAGAACAGAGACGAGCAAUUCGUCUGGCCCUGGAUGGGAGUGCUGGUCAAUGUGCCCACCGAGUGGAAAGGAGGGCGCCAGGUUGGGGAGAGUGGGAACCGCCUGAAGGAGCAGCUCUCGCGCUUCUGCCCGCACAAGGUCAUUCCUUUGUGGAACCACAGAGGCCACACCGGGAAAGCCAUCGUUGAGUUUGGAAAAGAUUAUGCUUCCUUCUGCAACGCCUUCAAGUUUGAGAACCACUUUGAAGCAGAAGGAUAUGGCAAACGGGACUGGGAACAGCACAAGUAUCGUGGGCCUGAGAUGUUUGGGUGGGUUGCAAGGGCUGAUGAUCGAAGAACCCCGGGGCAAAUCGGAGAGCAUCUGCAGAAAAAUGGUGAUCUGAAAACUGUUGCAGAACUUGAGAAUGAAGGAACACGCAAAACCGACAAGCUGGUAGCUAAUCUAGCCAGCACAAUUGAGGCAAAGGCCAAGCACGUCCAGGAACUUGAAUGCAAGUACAAUGAGACGACCACCUCGCUUGACAAGGUGAUGGAAGAAAAGGAGCUGGUCCUCCAGAGAUACAAUGAGGAAAUCCGCAAAAUGCAGCAACUUGCUCGUACGCAUUCUCAGAUGAUCAUCAAUGAGAACCAGAAGCUCCGUUCGGAACUGGAGGCCAAGAUGCAGGAUCUUGAAUUCAAAUCCAGGCAGCUUGAUGAGCUUGCUGUGCGUAGUGACUCGGAUAGAAGGAACCUUGAGAAAGAGAAGGAGAAGAAUGAGAUGAAAGCAAAAUAUCUUAAGAUGGCAGCGUCCGAGCAACAGAGGUCAGAUGAAAACGUGCUGAAGCUUGUAGCAAAACACAAGAGGGAGAAAAAAGCUGCUCUAGAUGAGAUUAUCAAGUUAGAGCAGAAACUGGAUGCCAAGCAGAAGCUUGAGCUAGAAAUAAAACAGUUGCAGGGAAAAUUGGAAGUGAUGAAGCAUAUGCCAGGUGUGGAAGACUCUGAAUCAAAGAGGAAAAUAGAUGAACUUAGUGUCGAGCUUCAGGACAAGUAUGGUGAAAUGGAUGCAAUGGAAGCACUUCACCACACUCUGCUUAUGAAGGAAAGGAGAAGCAACGAUGAGUUGCAAGAUGCUCGGAAGAAGCUAAUAGAUGGUUUGCGGGAUAUUACAACUGGCCGAGCAACUAUAGGCGUUAAAAGAAUGGGUGAUCUUGAUCUGAAAUCAUUUGCUAAGGCUUGCAAAGGCAAAAUGUCAGAAGAAGAUGCAGAAGGUACUGCUUCUAUUCUUUGUUCAAGGUGGGAGGAGGAGGUUAAAAAUCCAGAAUGGCACCCUUUUAAAGUUAUCAUGGUCGACGGCAAAGCGAAGGAAAUUCUCUGCGAGGAUGACGAGAAGCUGCGGGAACUGAAAGAAGAGCAUGGCGAGGAAGUGUAUGGGUUGGUGACAAAGGCUUUGCUUGAAGUGAACGAGUACAACCCUAGCGGCCGCUAUUCUGUGCCGGAGCUGUGGAACUACAAAGAGAAGAGGAAGGCAACCCUGAAAGAAGCGGUCCAGUACGUCCUGAGGCAGUGGCGCGCACAGAAGCGGAAGCGCUGAGCCCAAGUACAUCCAGGUUACUGAAGGAGUGCAGUAGAAGUGCAUCAACGUUAUUUUGUGAUGAAGGUCGGUGAACGGUGACGGUUUAGUUGUGGAUUAUUCGGCCUGGAUGGUGUAGCAUCGACAUGAAUGCUGGUAAUUGGAGAUUGUGAACUGCAGUGGUAGGAUAAUGUAUUUUGCGCCAAACUAUGAAGUAUACUACUCCGUACUGAAUGAAUGGCUUGCUGGAAA